UUAGAUUAGUACAAACACUAUAUACAUAUUUUAGUGCAACUUGUUCCAAGGAUAAUUCUUUUUUGUGCAUAACUGUUUUUAACGAAUGACUCACUGAUAAUUAUUUCACUGACUCCCGUAAAAAUAUACUAAAGUUUCACUGUAAUUUACAUCGUUCUGUCUUCGCUAAUUUUAUUACCAGUUGUGGCAAUUUCCGCUCUGCUUUCAUGCUUACAAAUAAUUGAUGGAAUAAUUUGGCGCAUAAAGCAAGAAUCGUUCAACGAUCGAUCGUCUAAUCGUACGUGCGAAAUCGAUCCAAUAUUCUCAUUUCAGUUUUUCAAUGGGUCAAUUUCGACGAGUUAGUGUUCCUUUCUAGCUAUUUAGUUAACCAAGUUAGAGCGGGACCUCUACUGCACCUUUGGAGGAAUUAAAUUGCGUCUAAUUAACGAAACGAUCGAAGUAUGCACAGUGGGGACGCAUUGCGUUGCCACUUCAUAUAGAGCAAGGAAAAAAACAUAACGUAACGUUAAGAAAUUGAAAGCAAUUUCCACUUCUCUUCCAAUUUUCCCACCUCUUACUUAUUUCUGCAUUUAUCUAAUUAAGAUAAGAAAUUGCAAGGAUUAAUAUACAAACGUAUAUCUGGAUUUUGUGAAUGGAACAAUAGCAGGUUCCUGGAAUAAUAGACGAUGUAUAUGUAUAAAAUGUUCUUGAACAGACCACAGAGCGCAACAACCAGGCAAGAAACUGAGAUGAUCAAUAAGGCCCAACGGGCCCUGUAUAACACCACGGACUCCAUAGAGAAACUUCGUUUGCUCUGUCUGGCCAGAGGUGCCAAUGGCAUCCUAGGGUUGGGCAGAGCUUUUCGUCGUAUGGACGAUGACGGAAACAAGAAGUUGAACCUAGAUGAAUUCACCAGAGGCCUUCAAGAAAGUGGUCUGGAACUUCCAGAGGAGGAUAUCCAAAACAUGUUCACGAAAUUCGACACAGACAACGAUGGGAACAUCAGCGUCGACGAAUUCAUCGCUGGCAUAAGACCGCCGAUGUCUCAAAAUCGCAGAAACGUGGUGGAUCAAGCCUUUAAAAAACUGGAUAAAACCGGCGAUGGAGUGAUUACGAUCGAAGAUUUGAAAGGAGUUUACAAUGUCAAGUGCCAUCCCCGUUAUAUCAGCGGUGAAGAAAGUGAGGACAGUAUUCUGAAUAAGUUUCUGGCCAACUUUGAACAAAAUAAUACCAGAGAUGGCACUGUCACUGAAGAAGAAUUUAUGAACUAUUACAGCGCCAUCAGUGCAAGCAUCGAUCAUGACGCCUAUUUCGAUUUAAUGAUGCGAAAUGCAUAUAAACUCUGAAUCUUUACACAGUCCUGCAACGAGGUGUUCCUUCAGUUCUAUUUAUAUUGGUUUUAAAUUUACGACUGUCGUGCUUAAUGUUGACCUUUAAAGUAUUCGCGCAACUAGUAGUGGCUAAUGAAAAAUUCAUGCGCAAACCCCUAGACAAUUUGCGGAAUACAGCAAACUGACUUAUGUAAUAAUUCAUGGUUACUAGCUUCGCCUACCGGCCGAUUUUCACCCAAUGCAACUAAUUGAUGACUAAGGUGUUCUGUGAAGAAGCUAGCAAAAUAAUCCGUUGAUCCUCAUAUCUAUAACACUACAGUGUUUCUCAAUCUGAUCUAAAAAUGUUUUUCGUAAUUCUUAAAUAUUGUAUAUAAAUUUAAUCAAUAUUAAUUAAUGUUCGCAAUAAACAGAGAAGGUAUUUAUACGUUUAAACAUUUACACAUAUGUGACUAUUUUUCUGACUAGAAUGUUUGGUCCAGUUUGAGAACCACUGCACCAAGUUGGCUAUUUAUAUAUUUGUAUACACGACCAUCUGUGAAAUGUGUGCAUAGCUUGUAAGGACAGAAGCUUGGUUACUGGGUCCAAUGCAGCGAAGCAAGCACAUAUACUCAUACUGUAAAAUAGGAUGCCAUUUCAUGCAUUCUUUGAGUAAUACAAUUUCACCUAUUCAAGCCUUAGAAAGCAAUUUCAAGCAUUAUAAUUCUUAAUCGGUAAUCUUUUUCAAUUUCACUCCUCCAAUUACAUAUAUUUUAAAGUAUAAGAGAGUGUGACGAAAAUUGGAUGCUUAAUAUUUAGUUGGGAAUCCUUAUACAAAUACCUCAGCCAUGCGUCACGAUUUUCUUCGAUUUCUCAAACGAUUUUAAUCUCCAUUUAGUAUUAAUCCCUUUCAAAGUACUUCAAUUAGUAAGAUAUCUUUACCCUAGUCAAAAUAUCUUCUAGUUUAAUAUUUGAUAGAUGUUCGAUAAAUUAUCAGUUUUUGAUAAUACCAAUCUUUAUCUCAUUCCUUUACCGUGGAUUAAAUUAUCAACUAUGUUAUUGUGACAAUUGUAAUGUUUAUUUAAUAAAUCUAUAAUAAAUUCUA